CCUACAGUCUCAUGAGUGUCUGUCAUGUGUUAAUGCACACCAGCGGGUGGCUAACUGGACCAAGGCCACGUCGGCAUCAUGGACCCCAAAGAUAUCACCAUAAUCCUCUGCCUUGUGCUCUGCCUGGGUCAGAGGAUUCAGGCACAGGAAGGCGACUUUCCCAUUCCCACUAUGUGUGUUUUUCCUGGUUUUGUGAUCCCCUGGAAUGGGUCUGUGAAGAUCUUGUGCCGAGGAACGUCAGAGUCCUUCCUAUACCAACUCUUCAUCCUUGAAAACUCCACACACAAGGUGGUGGAGGAGAAAAUAGGAUUCCAGAAGGAGGCUGCAUUUGUCAUCAGCCCCAUGAAUGAAAGCACCGCAGGGCGUUAUGGGUGCCGGUACAGGAAAGGAUACCGCUGGUCAGAGCAGAGUAAAACCCUGCAGCUGAAGGUGUCUGGCUUAUACGAAAAACCCCUGCUGACCACACAUCAGAGCCUUGUGAUGAUGGGAAGAGAGAAUCUUUCCCUCAGGUGUAGCUCAGCACAUGGCUCUUUCGAUAGAUUUUCACUGGUCAAGGAGGGAAAUGCUUCUUUGACACAACAUCAACACGGGGAGCACUGGGUCGUCUUCAAACUGGGUCCUGUGGACCUCAGCUUUGCCAGGAACUACAGGUGUUAUGUCUGGCACAGCAGCAACCCCUAUGUGUGGUCGGCCCCCAGUGACACCCUGGAGCUCAUUAUGGCAGUGAAAGAAUACAGAAGAGGAUCAUGCUGACAUUGGCAGAGGAGAUGGUUUCUAAAAUUAGAUAUAGACCCUGUGUUCUCCAAAGGAAAAGACUAAUAAAUUCAACUAAAUUAAACUUAAGAAUUUUGACCAUCAAAAGAUGCCAUGAAGCCGGGGAUGGUGAUACACAGCUGUAAUCCCAGCAUUUGGGAGACUGAAGCAAGCAGAUCUUGAGUUUGAAGCCAACCUGGGCUACAUAGUAAGAACCUGGUUCAAAAAACAAGCAACAACAACAAAAAAAGAAAACAAAGGUGAAAAUUACAACACAAAUAGUUGAGUAAGCUGACAAAGGAACAACAGUAAAGAUUUUUUUCACAACUCAUAAAUCAAAUCAGUUGGCAAAAGGAAAUGACUUGCCACUUCUUUUAUGGGUUGCUCCCAACCCAAUCCAUGCUGUGAGACCCCACUAAAUUUUAGUUUUAGUUUAUGUGAAUUACCCAGGUUUUGUCACUGGUAUUCAGUACUGAACUCAGUAAUCUGUUACACAUUUAAAACACCCCUUGCCCAGUUCUCCCCAGUACACACAGUAAUUGGUUCAAAUUCUGAGUGAUUUGUAACUCACUCAUUUUGCCUACAAUUAAAUGUAAAAAAUAAUACAUUCAUUUUUCUUAUUUCACCUGAACUUGUGGAUUUUCAGUGGCAAUAAAUAUUCUGUUGUAGCAAUGAACAUUUUAUUCAGUGGCCUUACUAUCACACACAAAAGUUUGUCCUGAAAAUCCUCAGGUGACUGUCCUGCUGUGUCUCCCUACCUGUACUUCAUUGACAUAAAGAUGGGAAAACUUUUCUACAGUGGGUUGGGGAGCAAAUCUUCCCAACCUGGCAAUGCCUGUGAUCCCAGCUGCAACCAUUCUGUAUUGCUAAGUAAUACUUAUUGCCAAUGAAUGACCAUGACUGUGUCCCAAUAAAACUCUAUGGACACUGAUAUUUGAAUGUCAUCAGUGCUCACAUCCUGAAAUAUUCUUCUUCUUUUCCUUUUUUCUCAACCACUUAUAAAUAUGAAAAACAUUCUUAGCUUGUGAGCCUUGCCAACACAGGCAGUAGGAAGGGGGUAUAAAGCAGUGGUAGAGUAUGAAUUCUAGCCAUAUGAUCAAAUUCAGUGAAACCUCUCAAACAAGGUAAAAACAAAGAGAAACCACUGGGUCGCCAGAGCCCCCUUCUUCCCUGGGAACCACUGUUCCUCACCUUGGUCUUCAGUUCGCACAUAGACAAGUGUGGUUAUUUGAUGGCAUGAGCUCUUUGGGGAUGGGGACUGAGUGGGACCAUGCCCUGGCAAGCAAAUGGGGAAAUGAGCUCCCAUUUCAGGAACCUGGAGUUGGGAUGGAGUGGAUCAUGAACAACAAGCAUUUACUCUUUCAAUUAUG